AUGAAUUUGCUCACCGUUCAUGUCGCCAUGGUUUUGCAACUCCCCCUCCUGGAGUCCGUCGUUGCCCAGGCCGUUGUCCCUGCCGUCGGGGGUGAACUCACAUAUUUUGUUGCUUCGCCAGUUGCUGCCGCAUUUCUCUGCCAAGUUCUGGAGCGCAUUGUGCGUCAUCGGAAUAAAGCUCAGCAACACCUUGGCGUACUUGUCGGCGUCAGCCUCCCGGCACUCCGCGCCCGAGUAAGUGGAGAUGUACGCACCGCCGAACUCACCGGCGAAGGCACUGAGUCCCCUGCUCACGGAGUCCAGCGUGGGAGUGGAGGGCUUCUGGAAGCCCUGCGGCCUCAGCUGUGUGAGCGCGUCGGUGAGGUUGUGGAGCAGGCCUCGCAGCCUGUCGUCGAAGCCCUGCGUCACGCAGAGGUAAUUGAGCAGGGCGUUGACAUCGCUGUGCACGGCGUCCCACUCGGCGGCGUAGGGCUCUUCCGACUUCGGCAGUGA